GUAAGAAUGAUCUCAGAUGGUGCAACACCAAAGAAAGACUAUCGUGCUGCGACUUUUGUUCAUGUUUAAGGUAGGAGGUGUUAAAAUAAUAAUGCAGUGGUAGUGCAGGUGUUGUUGUUGUUGUGUUUAACUCAACUCGCCAGUAUUACAAAAUGGAGCUAAACGACGAGCCUAAGGAGUUCAGCAACGAACAACAAAUGGCGCGUGUCGUGUCGAGUUUCAUGGUGCACAGAUCUUGCUCCCAGCUACAGCCUCACUUGCCCGCACAGCAGCUACUCCAGCCAUAUCUCUCCACCAGUGACUUGACAGAUUUAAGGAGAAACUUUCAAGUGGCUAGCUGUGACGAUCCCCAACUCAUGAGUCAGCUGGAAAGUCGUCUAGAGGCCAUACCUAGCAUUGAAAGGUACAGAUGUAUAAAUCAUCUGCAGAAGAGAAUAGGUACGGGUAACGUGCACUCUCCUGCCAAUAACAGGGGACAUCAUUUGGAUCGACAAGAAAAUCCAGAAGCGUUUAUAGACAAUAAUCUUCCAGCUCAUUCCUCUGAUUUUCGACACCAUACUAUUCUCAGUUACAAUUGUCAAUCCAUUGGUUCACUGCAGAUGAACUCAAGCCAACAUAUUGCACAACUAAAUUACCCGUCACAAAACACAAUAAGUCAUGAAGUACCAAAAAAUAAUAUGACAUUUUUUGACGAGCUGGACUUUGAAAGACAUAAUAACAAUAGCAAACCAAAGAAUACACUUCUCUUUCUUCCAGAGAAUACUGUCUCAGGCAUUGGGAUGAGAAGCGUCAAUGAACUGGCAUCGAUUCUACCAGAAAACUUCAGCUCGUCACCCAAUGCUAAUGAAAGUUUCAUGCCACCACUGUCUCCCAAGAAGAACAUCAAGAAAGAGAGCUGUCAGAAUGAUCAGCUGACUUCUCUCUUUGAGCCACCUCCACCAACACACAACAACACAAGUACAUCCCCCAGAGAUAACAAUGAGUCGCUUUUCACGCAAAGCCAAUUAGAUAACGCCUGGCUUUUGUUACAGAAUUUAAACCAUACACUAACGGGGAAAACAAACAAUGAGACAUGUCCUGUAAAGAAAGAAGCAGAUAGUCUGGGCACAGUUUUGGUGGAUACCAGGCCAUCUUCAGUUCAUUCCCUUUCUUCAGACACAGGGGCAAGCAGCGCUCAAACAAAAGCCCCAAUACGAUCCCAAUCAGAAAGCUGGUCCUGCAUGCCAGCUAUCAGUCAUGCCUCCGCUAGCUCCAGUAAGGACCCAUCCUAUCUGGAAAAAAGACGUAAAAACAAUGAAAGCGCCAAGAGAUCUCGUGAGGCUCGACGCAAAAGAGAAAACCUUCUGGCCAUGAGAGUACUGGAGCUGGAGGAAGAGAACCGACAACUUGAAGCCAAACUGGCAAUGUGCCUUGAAGCACUUCAACACUGGAGAAGGAAGUUGUUUGUAUAAUCCUUGAGCCAAAUUAGUUUAUACAAGGUGUUCAAUUAACACACGGAUUUUUAGAGGAGAGAUACUAUGUAAAUAGAUUUUUCAACCACU